AUGGCCAUAUUGGCUCAGAGACGAUAUGGAUGGGAUUCUCGGGGACAAGAAAAAUUGUGGAAAUUUCUUUUCCACAAAGUCAACAAGUGUUGGAUUCGGAGUCCUGCACGCGCAGUUGAGACGGAAGAGGCAGGGCCACGAUGCUGGGGCAGGGGAUUUAACCAAAACAGCACACUAAGAGGGUCUGGAGUCUCUAAACAGCCCAGAGCCGCACCAUUUGGCGGCGGCUGGGCGAGAAUUACAAGCCGACAACAAAUCACACAACAACCAGGGGUGAAGUCAAUGAGGGAAAAAGCGGUUCAUGUAUCGACGGGCCGGAUGAAAGGGGAGGCCUUGAGCGAAGAUGACGCUGCCUCCAAUCAUGGGAGCAACAAGUCGAGAACAAAGGACCAGAGAAUGGUGGAUAAUUUUUUGGCUUCGUUGAUCGCCAGCGAACAGGCUACCUGA